UGCUGAACUGGUCCACAGUGAAGCAGAGAGGGGAGGGUGAUGACUGGUCUGCAGUGGUGGAGCCUCUGGUGGUGCUGUGCAUGGAUCUAAGGGUGUGUCGACUCCCAUCUCCCUUCGUUGCCAUGGCGACAUUCCCGGAGUAUAUUGCCCAGAAUGAAGAGCGGGAUGGUGUCCGUUUCAGCUGGAACGUGUGGCCGUCCAGCCGCUUGGAAGCAACCCGGAUGGUAGUACCGGUGGCGGUGCUGUUCACCCCCUUGAAGGAGAGACCGGACCUGCCGCCAAUCCAGUAUGAACCAGUUCUCUGCAGCCGUGCAACCUGUCGCGCCGUUCUUAACCCGCUCUGCCAGGUGGACUACAGAGCCAAACUGUGGGCCUGUAACUUCUGCUACCAAAGAAACCAGUUUCCUCCUUCUUAUGCUGGGAUAUCUGAGGUGAACCAACCUGCUGAGCUGCUACCUCAGUUCUCCACCAUCGAGUAUGUGGUCCAGAGGGGUCCUCAGAUGCCGCUGGUCUUCCUGUAUGUGGUGGACACCUGUAUGGAGGAUGAGGACCUGCAGGCUCUAAAGGAAUCUCUGCAGAUGUCACUGUCUCUGCUCCCCCCCACUGCGCUGGUCGGACUUAUCACCUUUGGGCGUAUGGUCCAGGUCCACGAGCUUGGCUGUGAGGGGAUCUCCAAAAGCUACGUCUUCAGGGGAACCAAGGACCUAAAUGCCAAGCAGCUCCAGGAGAUGCUUGGACUGACUAAACCUGUAACCAAUCAGGGGCGAGGACCUCAGGCGGCUCAGCCACCGCUGUCCAACAGGUUCCUGCAACCGGUGCAGAAGAUUGACAUGAACCUGACCGACCUGCUGGGGGAGUUGCAGCGGGACCCCUGGCCGGUCACACAGGGCAAGAGGCCCCUUCGCUCGCUGGGCGUCGCCAUGUCCAUUGCUGUGGGCCUGCUGGAGUGCACCUUUCCAAACACAGGGGCACGCAUCAUGACGUUCAUCAGUGGCCCAGCCACACAGGGGCCUGGUAUGGUGGUAGGAGAUGAACUGAAGACCCCCAUCAGGUCCUGGCAUGACAUUGAGAAGGACAAUGCCAAGUUCAUGAAGAAAGCCACCAAGCACUACGAGUCUCUGGCUAACCGCGCGUCCACUAGCGGUCAUAUCAUCGACAUCUAUGCAUGUGCUCUGGAUCAGACGGGAAUGUUGGAGAUGAAGUGCUGUGCCAACCACACUGGAGGCUACAUGGUAAUGGCAGACUCCUUCAACACGUCCCUCUUUAAACAAACCUUCCAGAGAGUUUUCACCAAAGAUGUCCAGGGAUCCUUCAAAAUGGCUUUCGCUGCCACAGUGGAGGUCAAGACAUCUAGAGAGAUCAAAGUUUCUGGAGCUAUCGGCCCAUGUGUGUCUCUAAAUGCUAAAGGACCCUGUGUCUCAGAGAACGAGAUCGGGACAGGAGGAACAUGUCAGUGGAAGAUUUGUGGUUUUGAUCUGAGCACAACUUUGGCUUUCUAUUUUGAGGUUGUCAACCAGCACAAUGCUCCGAUUCCUCAGGGCGGCAGGGGAGCGAUCCAGUUUGUGACUCAGUACCAGCACUCGUCAGGACAGAGACGCAUCCGAGUCACCACCACUGCCAGAAAUUGGGCUGAUGCACAGACUCAAAUCCAGAACAUUGCAGCGUCCUUCGAUCAGGAGGCAGCAGCCAUUCUGAUGGCCAGGUUGGCUGUGUACCGGGCAGAGACGGAGGAAGGGCCCGAUGUCCUGCGGUGGCUGGACAGGCAGCUGAUCAGACUGUGUCAGAAGUUUGGAGAUUAUCACAAGGACGACCCGAACUCCUUCAGAUUCUCUGAGACCUUCUCCCUCUACCCUCAGUUCAUGUUCCACCUGCGGCGAUCUCCCUUCCUUCAGGUGUUUAACAACAGUCCAGAUGAGAGUUCCUACUACAGACAUCACUUCAACAGGCAGGACCUGACCCAGGCCCUCAUCAUGAUCCAGCCUGUGCUGUACGCCUACUCCUUCAAUGGCCCACCUGAGCCAGUUCUGUUGGACAGCAGCAGCAUCCUGCCGGACCGCAUCUUGCUGAUGGACACUUUCUUCCAGAUCCUCAUCUACCACGGGGAGACUGUUGCCCAAUGGAGGAAGGCUGGCUACCAGGACAUGUCCGAGUAUGAGAACUUCAAACACCUGCUGCAGGCCCCGGUAGACGAUGCUCAGGAAUUACUGCACACUCGCUUCCCUAUGCCGAGAUACAUCGACACAGAGCACGGAGGCAGCCAGGCUCGGUUCUUGCUUUCCAAGGUGAACCCCUCCCAGACCCACAACAACAUGUACACCUGGGGACAGGAGUCUGGAGCUCCCAUCCUGACGGACGACGUCAGUCUGCAGGUAUUCAUGGAUCACCUGAAGAAACUUGCUGUCUCCAGUGCUGCUUGAUGUCUCACGUCCCACCGUACCAUACUGUUUACUGGUUUGUUUUGCAUUUGCUGCCUGAUUUUCAUGACAUCAAGUCAGCCAACAAGCCAAUCUGUCACCUGUCAGCUCCAGGCAGUUGAUGGCGCUGCUGCUCCAAUAACAGAUCCACCUGUGAGGAAACGUUUUUGUUUGACCUGCCUCUGUCUCACGGAGCUGUUUAUCAGUAUUAUCAUUUAAUUUCAUCCACCUGAGGAAAAUAAAGGUAUCGAUUAGAACUUCCUGUUGUCACCUCACAAUAAAACCCUCUCUGAUUUCUCAUGGUAAAACUGCAGGGAGCGUGAACAAACACUACUUCAAAGGAGUGAGAGGUGACCUGAGAUUUGGCCGUUAAGGACUCUUUGACUCCAUAUAAUAUAAGCAGUCAGUGGACAACAGGAAUAUGAAUGGAUUCAUUAAUGAACGUCGGUGAAUAGAGACGUGUGGAUGGGUUUCUUGCUGUGGCCGGCUCCAUAGAAGACGUAGACGCAUCAGAUUCAAAGACAACUUCUUACACAGGCACGCUUCUGUUGAGCUGCUGACAUGAAAUCUCAGAGUUGGACUCAAUCGGGGUCGACAGCAGGAUUUUUUUUGCAGUGUGUCCAACACUAAAACAUCCUACUUUUAUUAAAACUCUGCUGCAGAGAA